AUGGCAGGACGUAGAUCGACUUUAAGCAAUGUCGAAUCCUUAUCGGGAUCAGGGAAUGCUGAUCCUUUGAGAGAGUUAUUCGAAGCUUGUAAAACUGGUGAUCUUACGAGAGUUAAGGCGUUGGUUACACCAAAGACAGUCAAUGCACGAGAUACCGCUGGACGCAAGGCCACUCCACUGCACUUUGCAGCUGGCUACGGCAGAAUAGACGUAGUAGAAUUUCUUCUCUCUGCCGGUGCAUCGAUUCAAGCAAGAGACGAUGGAGGUUUACAUCCACUCCAUAACGCGUGUUCUUUUGGACAUUCCGACGUCGUAAGAUUGCUUCUGGAAGCAGGAGCUAAUCCUAAUACUAGGGAUAAUUGGAAUUAUACACCGUUACACGAAGCUGCCAUUAAGGGUAAGAUAGACGUAUGUAUAGUGUUGUUGCAACAUGGAGCCGACGCAAAUAUUAGAAACGCGGAAGGAAAGACCGCAUUGGAAUUGGCGGACGCUGCUACCAAGCCAGUUUUAACGGGAGAAUAUAGAAAAGACGAACUUUUAGAAGCUGCAAGAUCAGGAAACGAAGAAAGAUUGUUACAGCUUUUAAAUCCACUUAAUGUUAAUUGUCACGCUAGCGACGGACGAAGAUCUACACCUUUGCAUUUAGCAGCCGGAUAUAACAGAUCUAGAGUGGUACAAAUUCUCCUUCAAAAUGGUGCAGACGUACACGCAAAGGAUAAAGGAGGUCUUGUCCCGCUGCACAACGCUUGCUCUUAUGGACAUUUCGAAGUAACGGAAGCACUUCUUAAACACGGAGCUGCUGUGAAUGCUAGCGAUUUAUGGGCGUUUACUCCGCUGCAUGAGGCCGCUAGUAAGUCCAGAGCAGAAGUGUGUUCUUUACUUUUAAGCGAAGGUGCAGAUCCAACUCAAUUAAAUUGUCACAGCAAGAGCGCUAUCGACGUCGCACCUACCGUAGAAUUACAAGAAAGAUUAGCAUACGAAUAUAAAGGCCAUUGUUUAUUGGAUGCCUGCAGGCAGGCUGAUCCAACUAAAUUAAAAAAGUAUUUGUCUCAGGAUGUUGUCAAUUUUAAACAUCCAUAUACUGGAGAUACGCCACUGCAUUGCGCGGUUGCAUCGCCUUAUCCAAAACGAAAACAAAUAAUCGAAAUUUUGAUUAGAAAAAAUGCUGCCAUGAAUGAGAAAAAUAAAGACUUCCUUACGCCGCUUCAUGUAGCUACCGAUCAUUCGCAUUACGAUGCAAUGGAUAUAUUACUUAGACAUAACGCUAAAGUGAACGCAUUAGACGGUUUAGGACAAACCGCGUUACACAGGUGCGUUAGAGAGGACAAUGUGCAAGCAUGUAGAAUAUUGUUAUCUUACAACAUCGAUCCUUCCAUUGUAUCUCUUCAAGGUUAUACGGCGGCACAAGUUGCGGCGGAAAAUGUUUUGAAAAUAUUACAAGAUCCGCCAAGUGGUACAGACGACGCAGAAGCACAGCUUUUAGAAGCGAGUAAAUCCGGGGAUUUGAAUGCUGUAAAAAGAAUUUUACAAACAAAUCCACAUGCCGUAAAUUGUCGCGAUUUAGAUGGCCGUCACUCUACACCUCUGCAUUUUGCAGCAGGUUUUAAUAGAGUGCCCGUUGUCGAAUACCUUUUGGCACAUGGUGCGGAUGUGCAUGCCAAAGAUAAAGGCGGAUUGGUGCCCCUUCACAAUGCUUGUUCUUAUGGUCAUUACGAAGUAAUAGAAUUAUUAGUUAAACAUGGCGCAUCGGUAAAUGUCGCAGAUUUGUGGAAAUUCACUCCCCUCCAUGAAGCCGCGGCUAAAGGUAAAUGCGAAAUCGUUCGAUUGUUAUUAAGACACGGCGCAGAUGCAACUAAAAAAAAUAGAGACGGAGCAACUCCUCUUGAUCUAGUAAGAGAAGGAGACCAAGAUGUUGCAGAUUUAUUGUGUGGAAAUAGUGCUCUUUUGGAUGCCGCAAAGAAAGGGAAUCUAGCUAGGGUGCAAAGGCUGGUUACGCAAGAUAACAUCAAUUGCAGAGACACCCAAGGUCGGAACAGUACGCCUUUACAUUUUGCUGCGGGUUAUAACAACUUAGAAGUAGCAGAAUUUUUGCUAGAAAGAGGAGCGGAUGUAAACGCACAAGAUAAGGGUGGCUUAAUACCUUUACAUAAUGCUUCAAGCUAUGGACAUUUGGAUAUAGCGGCAUUACUUAUUAAAUAUAAUACGAUAGUAAAUGCAACUGACAAAUGGGGCUUUACACCACUCCACGAAGCUGCACAGAAAGGAAGAACGCAAUUGUGUGCUCUUUUAUUAGCACACGGUGCCGAUCCUUUCCUUAAAAAUCAAGAGGGACAAAGUCCAGUAGAUUUAGCGAGUGCGGACGAUGUACGUUGUUUGUUGCAAGAUGCUAUGGCUUCCCAGCAAGUAGUGCCGUCUGUACCAUCGGUUAAUAAUGGCGUUGGUCUUGGGAUUAACAUUAAUGGGAAUGGUGGUAGUACUAUUAAUAGUAGACCACCUAGUAUUGUUGCUGUACCAGUAACUCCACCACCACCACUUACGCAAGAAACAGUUAUCAUGCCUUCCGGAGCUGCAAUGACUUUAUGUGUUCCGUUAGCCCGGCCAUCGUCUUGUCUAAGUCCAAUGCCACCAUCCGACUCGAAUUCUGAAAGAGAAUCUAAAGAUAUGUGCAAAGAAAAUAAUAGUUCGAACAUUACCACCGUAGCUGGCUUCCUUCAAAGUCUUGGAUUAGAACAUUUACUCGAAUUAUUUGAAAGGGAACGUAUCACGUUGGAUAUAUUGGCGGAAAUGUGUCACGAAGAUUUGAAACAAGUUGGCGUAACAGCUUAUGGAUAUAGGCAUAAACUUAUUAAAGGCAUGGAGAAAUUAUUAACCACUGCCACAGGAACACUAUGGCAACCGUCCAUUACUCCUGGAACAUUGCUAGUUGAUUUGUUGACCGAGGAUAAAGAAUUUUUGGCUGUGGAAGAGGAAAUGCAAAGUACCAUUAGACAACAUAGGGAUAACGGACAUGCCGGUGGUAUCUUUUCACGUUACAAUAUAGUCAGGAUACAAAAGGUUCAGAAUCGGAAAUUGUGGGAGCGUUAUGCUCAUAGAAGACAAGAAGUAGCUGAAGAAGUUGGUGCGGCUGCUCCAGCAUCACCUGGAACAGGUCCCAGGUCCACGCCAAGUUCUGCAGUACCACAAGCGAAUGAAAGAAUGUUGUUCCAUGGUAGUCCUUUUAUAAAUGCUAUUGUACAGAAAGGUUUCGACGAAAGGCACGCAUAUAUCGGCGGUAUGUUUGGUGCUGGAAUCUAUUUUGCAGAGCACAGUAGUAAAAGUAAUCAAUAUGUAUAUGGUAUAUGCGGAGGUACCGGGUGUCCUUCUCAUAAAGAUAGAAGUUGUUACAUCUGUCACAGGCAUUUAUUACUUUGUCGAGUUACCCUGGGUAAAUCGUUCCUACAAUUUUCUGCAAUGAAGAUGGCUCAUGCACCACCUGGUCAUCACAGUGUAAUGGGUAGACCGUCCCAAGGUGGUUUGGCUUUCCCUGAAUAUGUUGUGUAUAGAGGAGAACAAGCAUAUCCUGAAUACUUAAUAACAUACCAAAUUGCAAGACCUCAACAAGAAAGUGGUGGAAGUGAAAGUGUUGAGGAACGGUGAUCAGAAGAGCCAGGCCCUGCAGCAAGAUUACGAAGCUUAUGUUGCUGCCAGAGACCAAGAACACACGGUACCUUGUCUUAGAACUGAUUAUGAUUUUAUACGCUAUAUUCGCUCAUCAAAUUUCUUUGAUUGAAUCAACAAAUGUUAUCCAUGAUAACGAUAAUCCAAUUCAUUAUAAGAACUGACACAGGCAUUUAAUUUUCUCAGUAUAUUUUAAUUAUUAUUAUUUUAUAUAUAUAUAUAUAUAUAUAUAUAUAUAUAUGUAUAUGUGUGUAUAUAUAUAUAUAUAUAUAUAUAUAUAUAUAUAUAUAUAUAUAAAUUCACAUGUGCAUUGAGAAUUUACAUUAGAACAGAUAUUUUCCAACAGUAUUAUAAUUAAAAAUUUAUUCCUUAUUUAUGUAUGCAUAUCUUUAUGGGGGUAUUUUAUUUUAGAUUAAACGUUUCGAUCGUGAAAAAUAUCUGAAAUAUUUGACAAUACGAUAAGUAAAUUUCGAAUAGAGUUUUUUAACUAUAUUUUUCUUUCUCGAAUGGUGUGGUAAUAUGUGCAUUAAAAUAAACGAAUAUAUUCAAUAUGCAAUAUCUUAUAUAUGCAGAGUGAGACAACAUAAAUUACGAUUUUUACACACACACACACAUAAUUAUAAAUAUAAUAAAUGUGUUUAUAUAUCUACUCGAAAUCAUACAUGUAUUAAUUUUUUUCCUCGCAAAACAGUUUCUCUUAAAAUUUUGCUACUUGAUAUUGAAACUGUAACUUGAUAUACUCUUUUGGAAAAAUUAUGAAAAAAUUUCAGUUCCUCCAUUUAUAUAAAAUUAACUUAUAUAAAAAUGUAUUAAAUAUAUACAUAUAUAUAUAUAUAUAUAUCUGUUCUUGUGUAUAUAGUUUCUCAGUUCACAUUGUGAAUUGUAAGUAAAAUUCAUUUCAUUUAAUUUUAGAUAUGAGAACUAAAAAAUAUUGUUUUUUUUUUCUCUCUCUUAGUAUUAUUAUUUAUUAUAUAAUUUUUUUUUUUAACAUACGCAUUUAAUUAGUUAUCUAAAAUCGUUGUUUAAGUAUCAUCGAAGUCCUUUUAUAACGUACGUUUAUUAAAGAAAAUAUGAAUAUUUGAAAUUCUAAUUGAAAUAAUUGAUCGAGAUGAGUUGCAUCCUCUACUUUUACUAACACAACUUUGUAAAUAUAUUAAUCAAUUUUAUUCUAUCCUUACAAUCUUUGGAGAAAGGAUGAAAUAAAUAAAUUUGUAAGAUGUAAGAGAAAGAGAAGCGUCUUAAAGAAGAAGAA